AUGCUCCAAGAAGACCCUUCAAUGGCCAACGACACAGACACGUUCGCCACAGGCAACCAAGGGAGACUGCUAUCUUCUCCUGACAUGCUGGUCCUUAGGGUACCAGCAUGCGAAAAGAUAUGCGGUAGCGGAUGGGCAAAAUAUCCUGAUGCAGGUCCGAGGCUGAUGACAUGGCUCGUACCAGUCGUUGUGCUCAUCCUUAACUUGCAAUACGCGACCAUUGGGAAAGAAAGAUUUCUCACAGUGCUGCAUCUGUUUGGUGAUCCAAUUCACUCGACAUGGUCGCUUCUGGCGAAGGUCGAGACGUGGAGACAAUGCUAUGGCGGCGGAACGGGUCGAUCCAAGAAUGAAGCGGUUAUCAUUGCCGCCAUCCAGGAGCUUGUGGAGACCCUCAACGUCGGUCACAACGUGGAACAAACAGACCUAGUUCUGCAAGACGUACUUGUCCGCCCAGAAAAGCAGCUUGCUGACUUCCAUAACCUGGUGGAGAACACAGCCAGCAAACUCGCGGACUGCAGAGUCAACCAAACCAUGCGGACUUGGGCGUCAAUUGCCUUGUACCUGGUCCAGGUGGUAGCCGCCCUUGUGCCUAAACUCGGACAGGCGGCAAGUCCGUCAGGCGGCAAGAUCGGUAUGGCGCUGCUGUUGUCUUGGCUUUUGCCCGUGGUGCUGCUGAGCAAUGCAGUCGGCGACUUCACCUCCCGCAAAAGCUUCUUGAGAAUCAUGCUGGCUUUCAUGGAGCAGAUAGAAAGCCAGAGCACUCAGCCCCUCCGGAAGGAAUGCCGGGAUCUCCUUUCAUCCCUCCGUAAGGUAGACAAAAGAUACUUCAAGUCUCUGGCGUGGUCUGGGGCCAUAUAUACCUAUCGGCCUAACAAAACCCAUUCGCGAAGCACUUUGAAAGGAUACAGCAGCACCCUUUAUAUGGCCUUGAUCUCUACUCUUCCCGUCAUUGUGGCAUUUGUGACAGCCUUCCUGGUCCUAUACAAAAAGCCGACACACUUCAGCUGCCGCCAUUUCUUCGUCUUGGCCGUCUUUGGCACCUGGCUCCUGAGCCCUCUAAUCACGUGGAUGAUUGGGAUCCACUUCAGCCAGCAGCGACAAUGGCAGGUUGUACUCGCCAAAGACGCCGUAUUUGGAUUUCCCAUUUUGGCGCUCAUCAUCGCCUCCAGCUGUGGCUUCUUCAACAGCUGCUGGUGUUGGAGUGGGGUCUUCACGCUGGGCAUCCGUGAGGCCGCUGUCUACCUCACCGACCUGCCAGAGUUCGACCGUUACAACCAGGUCGAUUAUCCUGCGAUCAUUGGAACCUGCUUGGCACUGCAAUUGGCCUUCUUUCUUUUGAGUCGCUGGAUUUGGCGGAGAGGCUUUAAUUUGCUCGCCUGGAGCGAGCAAGAGAAAGAGGCGGCAUUUUUGAGAAGGACACCCAGCUCGAUGGUCGUGCGUGAUUUGAAGGCAAUAACGUCGGCUGAAUCAACUGUAGUCAUGCCUGACUAG